AGGAUUUCUGAGAACUUGGUUGUCAAAGCCGGCGAGCAGCACCACCCCGCCGAGGCCACAAUGAUGGACUUCGUCCGUGCCCACACCAACAUCCCCGUCCCUACCGUGCACCUUGUCUUCACCCGCAUCGAGGACAUGGAUAUCCCUCGGCAUGUAACGACAUACAUCGUCAUGGACUACAUCUCCGGCCCCACCCUCCAGUACCUUUGGGAGACGCUCGACGCGCCCACCAAGACGUCGGUGCUCGCGCAGCUGCAGGGCUACAUCCGCGAGCUGCGCAGCAUUCCUCCAGCACCGGACACUGCUCCUGGUCCUCUCGACGGGGGCAAGUGCGAGGGGAUGUGGUUCGGGGAAGACGGCGUCGGCCCGUUCCCGACGCACCAGGCCCUUGUCGACUGGUGGAACCGCUGUUUUGCUCGCCCCGGCGAGUUCUACUACAACCCUGCCAAAACAUACGAUCGGUUCGACACAGAACACCCACUCGUGUUCACGCACGGGGACUUCAAUCCGCGAAACCUCAUUCUGCACGAGGGCGUGGUCUGGGUGAUCGACUGGCAGCUCGCUGGCUGGUAUCCG